UGAUUGGUCUACAGAGCGGAAAAACUUUAUGGCUGCGUAAACAAGUGGCGUGGAUGCUGCCUAGUUCAGCAACUUUCAAAAAUAAAAGUAAACACAAAUAAAGCGAUAUAUGUGGUUUCAGCACUACAAUGCUAUUUCAGCGGUCUGUGAUCAGUGAAAGGACCUUCACUUUAGUAUUUUGUUGAUAGUUUAAGCUAAUGCUAACCUUUAGCCGUAGUUUGCUAACUUAACGGAAACAACUUAGCAGAGAUGGACUGCGUCGUCACCGGAGGAAAUGUUAAAGUUCUGGCCAAAGCCAUCCACUCUCUGUCUAGGAUCGGUGAUGAGCUGUAUGUGGAGCCUCAGGACGACGGGCUGGCCUUGCGGUCUGUGAACUCCUCUCGGUCGGCAUAUGCCUGUUUCCUGUUCGCACCACUUUUCUUCAGCAGGUACACCAUUCCCAGUACACACACCUUCCUCUGCAAGAUGGCAAUAAAGAGCGUACAGGCCGUGUUCAGGUCUCUGGCAUCCCUUGAAAAAACAGUGGAAAAGUGCCACAUUAAGACAGAUGAGCAGAAGAACCGCCUGACUUUCACUCUGCACUGCAAACAUGGACUCCUGAAGACACAUAACCUGUCUUACCAGGACAGUGAAAGCUUGCAGGCAGUGUUUGACAAGGACAGUUGUGCCAACGUAUUCAGGGCCCAGCCCAGGCUGCUGGUAGACACAGUCAUGCAUUUCCCUCCAUCUCUGGAAGAAGUGACUGUCUCAGUGAGUAGUGAAAGAAUGUGGAUUAGAAACCAUGUGGAUGAAGAAGCAGAUCAGUCUAAAGCCAUGCUAACGGAGCUGUGUUUGGCUUCAGAUGAGUUUGACCAUUUUGUUGUCCAAGCUCACAACAGCGUGACCUUUUGUCUGAAGGAGUUACGGGGUUUGCUAUUAUUUGCAGAGUCCACUGGGCUCCCUGUUUCUAUGCACUUUGAUGCCCCUGGCAGCCCGGUGGUGCUUUCUGUGACGGACAGCGUCCUGGAGGGGAACUUCGUGCUGGCCACACUUUCAGACGAUCCCAACCACAGAGGAGCAAUCACACCACCGCCUCCUCCUCCUGAUGACUUCAUGAAUGACGACAUAGACUCAUACCUCAUCGCCAUGGACACAAGUAUUGCACCAGAGCCCUCAGCCACAGGUCCACCUACACCCCAGUUGGCUAAUUCCACAUGUACAAAGCAGCCUGCUGCAGCCAAUCACAGGAGAAGAUUACACAGCGAGGAGGAAGAGGAGGAGGAAGAUGAGACAGCCGAUUCUGAUAAACCGCCUAAUAAGAAGUUCUGUUCCCUGUUCUUUGGCUCAGUGCUUCCCUCUACUUCUCAGAUGAGCACUCAACCAAUCACAAGUCAGGAGGUGCUGGCCAGUGACAGUGAGGAUGACACGUAAACAGGGUGAUUUUUGUGUUAGAAAUAAGUCUAUUCAAGUUUUAACUGUACAAUAAUGUAAUGUGGACUUUAAAAUCUGGGAUUCUGAAACUCCACAAGAACUUGUUCAUUUUUACUUAGAGUCAAGAUACAGUGUCAACAUCCCUCCAAAUAAAACAAGCAGAUUUUUCAAAGUA